GUCACGGUUUCUUCUUCCUCUGAAUGUCAGGAUGUAAGGAUGAGUGAUCAAACGAGGGUUUCACAUAAUGGAAUCCAUCGAUUUCAAUUCCCUAAAUGCCGUUCCACCAUCAUUAGUGUAAUUAAAUGAUUGUGCAUAAUUCGGAGCAAUCGCGACGUCACCAAGGAGCGCACCCGUCUAGGAAGUGACGUGUCGAGCCGUGCCAAAGGAAGUUUGUGCGGGCGCUGGGAGAGAAAGUUUCCCCGGAGCAGCAGCUAUUGGAGCGGGAAUAACACUGACACAGCCGCCGCUGGUGGACCGAGCGGACCGGAGCAGGAAGAAAGCGCGUUGGGUCGCGCGUGGAUGCGUGUUGCGGCGUUGGAGAGGCUGCAGUGGAUUCGUGUGGCCGUGUGAUCGUUUCUCCGCCGCUGUGAGAUGGGGAAGGAGCAGGAACUGCUGGAGGCGGCGCGCACCGGGAAUCUGGCCGCCGUUGAGAAGCUGCUGUCCGGGAAGAGACAAUCGGCCGGAUCGGCCGCUGCGAGUGGUGCUGGAUCUUCCGGGAAUAUCGGGAGCGGCGGGCACAGCUCUUCCCACACGCUCUCCAGUCUGCUCAGUAUCUGGAGGGGCCCAAAUGUGAACUGUGUGGACAGCACUGGAUACACACCUCUACACCACGCUGCUCUAAAUGGACACAAUGAUGUGGUGGAAGUUCUUCUGCGGAACGAGGCUCUGACGAACAUCGCUGACAACAAGGGCUGUUACCCUCUGCACCUGGCGGCGUGGAAGGGAGACCAGCGAAUCGUCAAACUUCUCGUCCAUCAGGGUCCAUCUCACCCCAAACUUAAUGAACAGAGCUCUCUAGACUACACAGAGUUCAAACGCUGUGGCCCAUUUGACCCCUAUAUUAAUGCCAAGAACAACGACAACGAGACGCCGUUGCACUGUGCGGCUCAGUACGGACACACGCAGGUGGUGCAGCUGCUGCUGGAAGAGUUGACCGACCCCACCAUGCGUAACAACAAGUUUGAGACACCGCUCGACUUGGCGGCGCUCUACGGCAGGCUGGAGGUGGUCAAACUUCUGCUCAGCGCUCAUCCCAACCUGCUCAGCUCCAACACGAAAAAACACACCCCUCUUCACCUGGCCUCCCGCAACGGACACCUGCCCGUUGUGGAGGUGCUGCUGGCUGCCGGCGUGGAUAUCAACUACCAGACAGAGAAAGGCAGCGCCCUUCAUGAAGCAGCUCUAUUUGGAAAGACAGAAGUAGUACAAAAACUACUCAACACAGGUAUUGAUGUGAAUAUCGUGGACAGUAAGAAUCUAACAGCGCUGGACACUGUUAGAGACAUGCCCUCUCAAAAGAGCCGACAGAUCGCCGCCCUCAUACAAGCUCAUAUGAGCGGCCGUCCGUCAGACACGAGCCUCCCUCCUCCACCAGUGCCUCCACCUCAAGAGAGCCUGAGCCCCAAGAGAAAAGGAGAAAUGGAGCAGCAGGUCGGUGAGCUCAUAUCCGGUUUGGCUCCGACCCCUGUGGAAGAGAGUCCAUAUGAAUCGUUGUUUGAGGCCUCCUCGUGUCACUCACUCGACAGCUUGGCGAGCGGAAAAUCAUCGGACAGAGACUCCGGACGACCGGACAGUGAAGCCGGGAAGAAAGAGCGAUAUCCUGCACAGAAUCAUCCUGCACAGGAAGAGGAGCUCAGCUCUGAGGCGGUUCACACCAACAGCAGUGUGGAUGAACGCAUCGAGCCCCUGGAAGAGGAAGACCACACAUAUGAACUGUUAGUCACCGCACAGACCAAAAUCCCCAACAACACACAAAACAAGACAGAUGUGAAUAUCUCAGCCAAGUCUUCCAACAGUGUCCUACCUCAGCGAAAGACCACUGCACACAUUGACCUACGACCUCCAGGGUCCAACACAAACACUCUGCAGCCGCCUGCACCUCCUUUUAGCACAGGCCAGACGUCUGGAGAGAGCUCUACAAGCGCUGCCGUUCCUGAGCAGUUCACUGGUCUGCUUCACGGUUCCUCGCCGGUGGUCGACUGUCGGGAGGAAGCAUUCAGACUGCCGUCCUCUGGAGUGAAGUCCGGUGAGGCUUCCAACACUUCGACAUCUGCGAGCUCAGCCCUUCCUCAUCCCAAAUCGGCAGUCACCAUGGAAACCAUUCUUCAGGACACUGACCCCAAAGCUAUCUACGCCACAGUCCACAAAGAGCCACGAGAUUCGCCAAAACGCAACUCACCGGCCCGCGAUCCUCCGUUGACGAGAAGGAUGCCUCCGCCGGGAGAUCUCAAGCUAGCGCGUAGCCUUUCAAAGUCCGACUCCGACCUGCUGGUGUCCCCGCCCGGUGAGGAAGAGACGGGGUUGGGUGGGCGAAGUGAGUCGGUGUCCAACUGCAGCACUGCCAAGAGAAGGCUUGAAAAAUCACCUUCCUUCACUUCAGAAUGGGACGAGAGACAGAGGCAUUCCCUCUCUAUUCCAUGGAGACAUCGGCCACCCCAAAGAAUUGAGAAGAUCAUGACUUUGAUUGGUGCCGGCAUUGACUUCUCUAAAGACCAGGAGUGCCCCACCACAGGUGGGUCCGGGAGACUUCUUGAACAGCCGGUUGGUGAUUGGUUGGAGCAUAUAGGCCUUCCACAGUAUGAGAGCAAGCUUCUGCUUAACGGCUUUGAUGACCUGCGGUUCAUGGGAAACGAUGUAAUGGAAGAGCAAGAUCUGAGAGAAAUUGGCAUCACGGAUCCGGGACAUCGCAGGAAGAUCCUCAGUGCUGCACGUUCUUUACCAAAGGUGAAAGCGUUAGGCUGUGACGGCAGCACAUCCCUCGCGGCAUGGCUGGACGUCCUGGGUCUUCAGGAGUACCUGCACAACUUCCUGUCCAGUGGCUAUCGCACACUAGAAUGUGUGAAGAACCUGUGGGAGCUGGAGAUUGUUAAUGUGCUGAAGAUCACAUUGUUGGGCCACAGGAAAAGGAUUAUUGCAUCGUUAGCUGAACGGCCCUAUGAGGAGCCGCCAGUCAAACCACCCCGCCUCUCUCAGAUCAGAUGUCAGGAUCUCGUGUCCCAGACCUCAUCUCCUCUCAGUCACUCAGACUCCUACACACAUUCUAUGGAUCCCCUGUUACCCGCAGUGGAUUCUGGGAGGAGAAGAGGACCUGACUCAGAGUAUGACGUUGCCACCCGACAAAGGCCCAACGACAGACAACAACCACAAGAGAGAUAUGAGGAACGUCAGCGGGAACCUCGUCUGACCUUACGACCCCCGAGUCUGGCGGCUCCGUACACACCGGUCCAGAACUGGCACCACCAGCCUGAGAAGCUCAUCUUUGAAUCGUGCGGUUACGAGGCCAAUUAUCUCGGCUCAAUGCUCAUUAAAGAACUAAGAGGAACGGAGUCAACGCAGGACGCCUGUGCUAAAAUGAGGAGGUCGACAGAACAGAUGAGGAAGAUCCCCACCAUCGUCCUCUCCAUCACGUACAAGGGUGUGAAAUUCAUUGAUGCUGCCAACAAGAACAUCAUCGCAGAACAUGAGAUUCGGAACAUCUCGUGUGCGGCUCAGGACCCAGAGGACCUCUGCACCUUUGCUUACAUCACUAAAGACCUACUGAGCAGCCAUCAUUACUGCCACGUGUUCAGCACCGUAGACGUGAACCUGACCUACGAGAUCAUUCUGACGCUGGGACAGGCGUUCGAAGUGGCCUAUCAGCUGGCACUGCAGGCCCAGAGGACCAGACAGCAGCAGAGCGCGGCGGGAGCGGCGGAGAUCAUCGAGACCAAGAGCAGCAGACCCGUGCCCAAACCACGAGGGAGCAUGCGCAAGUCAGGGGUGGAAGCGCUGGAUGUGGACGCUCACAGUCAGAGCAGUGCGACCUGGAUCAUGGACUCCAAAGAUCCCAAGCGCACCGUCAGCACCAACUGACCACUGUGUCGGAUGCCAAACAGAAAGGAAAGUUGGGAUGCCAAUGACAGCAUGACUGUGGAUGAAACAUCACUUGUAUUUUGUGUGCGCAUGUGCGUUUAUAUAGUUAUAUGUUAGCGUGGGAAGACUACUCACACCUGCAGUGAACUCCUCCCAUCCAGCACCAGGUUUUCACCUUAAACACACGAGCCAAAGACAGACAAAAAAAUAUACCGUCCGCUGCUCCGCUCAUACACUAUUUUAACACUCCCACGCUUAACAAAACCUC